AUCCAGCAAUAUGCCGCCAACACCCGCCAGCAGGACGUGAUGGAUGUUGAUGCCUCCGACUCGCCCCCGUUCGCCGCGCGCCUCGACCAGGCAGUCAAGGAGUUGGGAGAGCGCGUCGCCAGCCAACAACGCGCCUUGGACCAGCUUCGCGCGUCUUCGCGUGAGCCGCUGUCCCAGGCGCCUUCCUCGGAUCCACGUGCUCGGCUGCAGCAACUCCGCUUGUUGAAGCAGGCAUAUGAGCGUCUCACGCCCCUUGAGCCUCAUCUGCCUGGCCCUGUGUCUGUGUUUCCCGCUAUUUUAGCGACGCGCCUAGUCCAGCAGACUGUAGCUGAAGCCAAGGAUGCAAUCAAUUCCACUCGGCAAAAACUUAAUGUUACAGAACGUCAUCUCGAAAGCGAAGAGGGCUCUCUGCGCGAUGCUGAUGUUCUCACGGAAAGCUUAACGGGCCGCAUCGAAAAUCUGCAGGCUCGGGGCCAAGAGAAUGCCAGAAGGUCGCCAACACAAGUAGCGACAGACAUUAUGAACAGUACGCGAGAACAAAAGCGACGUUAUGAUGCGGAGACAGGGCUACUUCAAGAGGCUCUCGACAGUUUCACAAAAGACCAUCUUGCGGUAAUGCUUGCUGCCGAAGAGUUAGGGGGCCCUGUUGUCGGAGACCUUAUGGAAAUCGACGAAGACAUGCUGGCCGCUGGCUUUUCUCACCAGGGGAAGCCUAAGGCCUUGAAGCUUGGGAAGUCUCCUUCAGAUUCGACGAGGCAAAGACGGAUUGAUGAGAUAUGGGGGCAAACAGACGCGGUUGAUGGACAGCCACUGGAUGAGAAAGAACUUGCAGGCGAAGAGUUACACAAUCUGAUCCGCAAGCUUUAUGAUGCACUAGUUGGCGACAGCGGUGAAGGGCCAUACAUUGAGUUGGACAGAGACUCCGCUGCUGCUCGGUUUCUCGUGCGAGCGAAAGUGGCCCAGUUCCACGUUAGAGAUGCGCGGAAAUUGCGCUUGAUUGAUUUUGGUCGCGAACUAGAUGAUUAGAAUUCAAUUGGGUAUUAUCAGUUUCACUAUUCCGCCAAGGCAAAAAU